CUUGAGUCAGUCAAAAAAGCCAUGUAAUUGGGUUCGAAGCGAGUUGACUAACAAUAAAUUGGCCGUUUUUGCAGUUGAAGUUCCAAAAAAUCUCGGGGGCAAGCUAUGCCAAGUAGGAAAAAGGUAGAAAGUUGGUGAAAAUUCAAGGCAAGAUGCUGCUGAUGGACGCCCUGUUCAACAGCCUGUUGGUGGUCAGUUCGGGCUACGGGCUGUACACCCUCCACCCCCUGGAAACGCCCUACGGCUAUGCGACGGCGGCCUUGAGCCUGGUCCACGGCAUUUUGGGGGUGGUGCGGGCGGCCAGCAACGACGACGACGAGUGCAAUCGAUUCAGGCUGAUAACAUCGGGUAUUAUGGAGAUAGUGCCGCCGCCGCUGACCAACAUCGAACUUUACCUGAAGUCCAGCAAUCCGGGGUUGGCCUGGGCCCAUGGCUGCUUUGUGGUGCCACUGGCCUUCGAUUUGGUGGCCAAGCUGGGCGACAACGAGGACACCUCCACGGAGACGCUCAAGGAACUCACACUACUGGGCAAUGUGGUCUCGCUGCUCUUCCUGGGCGUCAAUCAAUCGAACAACCUGUACGGCGGCAUGGCGGCCUUGGCCUUUGGAGCCCGCUACGGAUCCGUCAUCCUCGACUACUACUGGGAGGGCCUGGGCGCCGACUUCACCCUGCUGGCCCACUCCAUGUUCGUCGUCCUGAUGACCAUGACCCUCGCGGGCAAAUAAAUAAGGACAGGCCAUCCCAAGGGCAGCGGUUCGUUGGCCCAGCUCAGCGCUCAAUAACUUGCAAUUAAUGUUGGCAAAUUAAAAUGCAAAAAUAAACAUUAAUUGUUUUGUCACACUCGCAGCACGACCAAAAAAAUGAAGUGU